CAUUCCACAAUAUAGCGUUGAAAAAAAGCAACUCUUUCUUCUACUUUCAUUGCCACAUCCAUAAAAUCCAAAGCAGCCCCCUCUCUCUCAUAAUUCAUUUCCAUUUUUUCUUUUGGAUUCUACAAUCAUCAAAUUUCUCUCAGGCUUUUCAUCGAGCAGGUUCAUCACGGAGCUAUGAUACGGCUGUUCAAAGUAAAGGAAAAGCAGAGAGAACUAGCUGAAAACGCAAAUGGCGGAUCACCUAUCAAAAAGCAAUCUGCAGGGGAGUUGCGUUUACACAAAGACAUUUCUGAGCUGAACCUGCCUAAAUCAUGUUCCAUAUCAUUUCCAAAUGGAAAGGAUGACCUGAUGAAUUUCGAGGUUUCAAUUCGACCUGAUGAAGGAUAUUAUUUCGGUGGCACAUUUUUGUUCUCCUUCCAAGUUUCUCCCAUCUAUCCGCACGAGGCACCAAAAGUUAAAUGCAAGACCAAGGUCUACCAUCCAAAUAUUGACUUGGAAGGAAAUGUUUGCUUAAACAUCUUGCGUGAAGACUGGAAACCAGUGCUAAAUAUAAACACUGUAAUCUACGGAUUAUACCAUCUUUUCACGGAGCCAAAUUAUGAGGAUCCCCUCAAUCAUGAUGCUGCUGCAGUGUUGAGGGAUAAUCCAAAGAUGUUUGAAUCAAAUGUGAAAAGGGCUAUGUAUGGUGGGUAUGUGGGGCAAACCUAUUUCCCGCGGUGUAUGUAGCUUUUACGAUGUAGCUGAAAGCGCAAACUCACUAUGUUAUGGACAGUUGGGUUUCUGUGGGUUGUAUAAUUUGUCUGGAAAUUACCCUUUGUCAUCCCCUUUGAUUUUCUCAGUGAACCUGAGGGAAAUAUUUUCUACAAGACCAAGCAGCUGAAAUUCUAUUUGUGUUUUACUUUAGCUUUCCUAAUGCUAUAUUGUAUGUUGGCAUGGCA